ACAAGUGCUUGUUUUUGGGUAGUUUUUUGAGAUAUUUGGUUUUUACAAAUUAUUUAAUUCCCUUCUCUAAACAUCUACAUUGUUAAUUAUUCAGGACCAAAUGCGAAUAUAAUGAUAGGAUUAAACGAACUUACCUGAAGUGAAGUUCAAUCCUGAUUAUAUGAAGCAUUUGGUCCUGAAUAAGGGGUACCCCCACCCUCCUCAAGUAACCAUGAAUCCAUGGUUACUUCCCAAUCAGUGUAUGUAUGCUCUAAACUAUAUGAAGUGUCAUCUUGACAGUUGGUGAUUUUUUCUUUUAUGGCGGCUCUAAAUUCGCGUCGAAUGGCAAGCAAGCGAGAUGUACUACAUUGUUAAUUAUUCAGGACCAAAUGCUUCAUAUAAUCAGGAUUGAACUUCACUUCAGACGAAGAAGAAAAGCCAACGGAGGAUUUAAAGAAAAUGGAAUCCCGAACACGAGCCAUUAUUGAAAAUAAGGUGCUUCCUAAUAUGUGUGAUAAUUUAGAUGAAUCAAUACUAUUGUCUCGAACCGGCAAAUCUAUAUUAGAUACUGCAAGUCAGCGAAUAGAUAAAGAUGUACAAACGGAUAGUUUUAGGAUAGAUAACCAAAACGGCUGGGAUGAAAGUUUUAGAUUAAUGCAUGAAGAAAAAGAGCACACUCCAAAAUUAGAAGAAGUGGUCGAGCAAGUGGUGGAGAUGUUGCACUCAGAUAACAACACAGAGAGUGCGAGGAAUACUCCCGAGGAGCCCGAAGCUGCCCCCGAGGUCGCGGAGGUCAGCGAAGAAGUUGACGCUGCGGACACUACAGAAGAACUAGACAAAAAUUGCGAGCAUUUAGAAGAAAUGGUCAGCCCGAGUCAAUCGGAGAGCAGUCGGGCCACGCGCUGGGAAGCGCUAGCGGACAUCGCGGCAGAGCUGCCGCCGUCACUCGCCGUCGACCCUCUUACCGGACAGAUCUACACCUUAAAGUGAACAAUGCUCAGGCGCUGGUUGACUUCAGGGUGGUUAACUCCGUCAACCUUAAACUCUAAUUCAAUCUACCAAUAAUAUAUUCAAGUGAUAAUUAAGUUAGUACUGCGUUUUACGAUGUCACUCUAGCCAGUCUAAAGGAGUAUCCAGACGGGACUGACGAAAUCAGUCGAUUUGUUCAGGAAUAGUUAUUUGUUUUACAAGGGGGCAAAGUUGUUGUUUAACCGCUCGUGCUAAUAUUGAUACCCGAGCAAGCGAAAGAUUCCAAAAUUGAACCACGAGCGUAGCGAGCGGUUCGAAAAAUGGAAUCUUGAGCGUUGCGAGGGUUUCAAAGCACGAGGGUUAAACAAAAUUUGCCCCCGAGUGAAACACAAAAUUUUUCACCACACCAACCCGAAGCAAAUAUUAAAUGUAAAAUAUCAAACAAAAUCAAACCAAAUCAAAACCAAAUGAAUGUUAUUAAAUAUUUAUCAUCCUAAAUCAUCAUUUAAAAGUCAAUUCUACCAGCAAACAUAAGAAAACAACUCAAAAUUUGCAUUUGAUUACUUUGCCUCACAUGUGGAUAAAAUGCAACUUUGCUAUUCGUUUUUGAAGUGCAAAGUAAUUCUUUCCGAGCUGGUGUGGUGAAAAAUAAUUGGUCAAUCUCAUCUAGCGUCCACACGUACACAAAUUAAAUCACCAAUUUGCAUUCUACUAUGAAAAUUAUUUUUGUGUCCGCACCUGCUGAUGUGAUCGUGGAAUCAAAUUGGUAUUUGGGUCCGCACGGCCCUGUUCGAUCGGAGAAUUUCAUCAGAUUGGCGAAAAAUUGUCUCGUCUGGAUACAACUUAAGGAAUAGUUUUGGAACCCCAAUUUAAUACCAUGCACAACAACAAACUAAAAGUUGGUACCAGUUACGGGCUCUAAACUAUAUCUUCGAUCGUUUCUCGUAAGGCAAAUGGCUGGAAAGUCACAGUCUACCGGGCCCUCUAACAGGACAUUUAUACCUAAAAAAGAUCUUUGGCUGAAUUCUGCCUAGCUGACAUCACGACUCCUUAUCAAAAUUUAAUUAAAUCUAUAUUGUUGCAUAUGCAUAGUUGGCUAUAGAAAUUUCUAUGUCCUAAUUAUGUAUUACUUAUAGUGUUCCAAAAAUAUAAAGGUUUUGAACUUGAAAGAUGUUAAGAUAAGGUUAAUAUACGUUCUCGUUCCGA